UUUGAGUUAAAGUUUACCUGAUUUUUACUGUAUAAAAAUGUGUGUAAAUUUUAUUGAGAUAGUGUGGUACAGUCUUUUAUAUUAUACUAGUAAUUGUGCAUAAAUUCUUGCAUGAUCUCUUUGGGGAAAAGUAAUCACUUUAUUACCUCUUCAUAUUAGUAAUAGAAAUAUGAUCAUUAAUGUCCUUCAAUACUAUUGCUUUACCCAAAUUUUAAGUUGAUUUGAAAGCACCAAAUUUUUAUGUCUCUCUGAUAAACUGAGUAGACUGGAAUGCGUGAAAAGUCAGAGAUUUAGAAAGAGGACCUGUCAUUUAUCAUACCUAUAUCGCAUACUUGCAAUAUCCUGGACCUGGGCAUGUCUCUUAAUCUAUCUGAUCUUCAGUUUCCUUAUUUGCAUGGUGAGAAUAGUGAUAAUUAUAUUCUUAUCUACCUCAUGAGUUUUGUGGAAGAUUUAACAAAAUAUAUUUUACAGUCCUCUGAAUUAGUUAUCAACAUCAUCAUUACUCUUUCUUUCUUCUCCACAACUCAAAACAGCUUUCAUGACCAUAACUCUCCUUAGCACUAACUCCUGUAUUCUUGCUAAAGUCAUGAGUUCAACGUUUGGUGUUAUUGGUUCCACUCUAGCCAGGCCUUUUUCAGCUCACUGGAAAGAAACUAGAAAUCUAUACGAAAAUGAUAUUCUAAAAGAGAAGUUGGUAAAUAAAGUACAUUUCUCAUCUUAGUUAGCUACAACAUUGAAAAAGACUGCUCUUUCUUCCCAAUCCUCAUCUCAAUUUUACUAUUUUUAUAGUCAGUGGCAGGAAACCUCCAGUCUGUCAGUGCUACACAUUUUCUAUCCGCAUUGAAGCUUAAAGUGAACCAGAAAAAUAAAUCUUGCUGGUCCUCAUUGUGAACCCUAUGGACUAGCCUAGCCUCUAUAAUUUUCCACUUCACUACCACCUAUAGCUACAAAUGGACAGUACAACUUGGCAUCAUAAAAAAAAAAAAAGCUUAAAUGGAAAACAAUUACAUUUGUUCCUAUCAAUAUCUGAGCCUUUUGUACAAAAUGCAACAAUAAUCAUAUUUUGUAAAACCCUUUUCAUUUUUGUGGCAUCCUGAAGCUUUUGCUAUGUCAGCAACAUUCUUGCUGCUCAUCAGAAAAUACUGAAUGCUGCCCUGAGGGCCUGUGCAGCCUUCUAAAAAGCAAAGUAGAAAAACAAAUUGAGGAAGCAUUAAAAAAGGCAAGCCAAGCAAGUCAGAGACACAUAGUGGCACAUGUCAGACAGAUGAACAGUGCACUCCAAGACUUCCUUCAUGUUUUCCCUAAAGUGAGGUUGAGUGUUGGAUGCAAACCCAUGUGAGUUGGAGAAUGUAAUUUACUGUUGCAUUCUAACUGUUGAUUUAAAAAUGGACUAUUAAAUAACGUAGAAGUUAAGCUUAGUGCCUGGCAGAGAAUAAUGUGGGCACAUUCAUAGGUAGGGGUAUGGUUUUCCUUUUCACCAUUCCCUUAUAUGACCAGAGAAUAGUUUGCUUUGGGGAAGUGUGAUUUUACCCUGAGGAGCUGGAGGGAGAGAACUGAGCUCAUUAACAUUUUGUAGUUUGUUGCCUACAGUCCAAGUAACCUUCCAGAAACAUGAAGAAUUUGUGAUAACACGCACAAGCAUAUGCACUCUAUGCAAACAGCUCUAUGGUGUAAUAAUUCACUUGUCACUUCAUAUCAACAUCAAUUCUUUAAUAAAUUAGCAUUUUUCUUGAGUUGAUGAAAAACUAGCAUACAAAUUCCCACACAGUGUCUUCCCAAGAAGAAAUGUAAUGAAGGGUUUGUACAACUAAUACUCUGUUUCCAUGAGCAAUGAUUUGAGAUAAAUAAUAGAUAUGCAUAGUGUUACAAUGGCAGAAUCUUUAUUUCCAUGUAUACAUGCAUAUGCAUGAGGUAGUAAAGAGAAGUAGAUAGUCCAUUAGAUCCAAAGAAUAUUUGUCCCCAAAUUAUAUGUCUUCUAAACUUUGCACUAUAUUUAAAUUCUGAUAUUAGAUCAGAUUACAUCUGUCUGAGGCGUCUCUGGCACAAACUAAUUCUCUAUUUUGCAACUGGUCUUCACAAUGUCAACAUUUAUUUUUUUCUGCUGUGUUUCUUAAAUACCCUAAAAAAUUUUGAUUUAGCUCAGUUAUAAAAUAUUUCAAUCCAUUAAAUAACAAAACUAACAAGUGGCAUUAUCCUCACUUCUCACUUAAAUGAUAAGACAAACAAAAAGAGUCUAUAGUGCUUUGAUAAAGGACAAAGUAAAGUUUGAUGUGCUCAUUUGCAUUUUUGCAACCAAAGAGCCCACAGAUUACAUUGUGGGUCUGGAUAAUGGCAGGAAAGUUCUUGGGCAAGAUUUCAGAAUGCUGUGGGAAAGAAAUACAAAUAUUCAUGGGCUGAUAGUUUCCCUGUGGCAUCAAGUUCAAGAUUUCUGCAAUGCAAAAAUGCACACAUACAAAAAAAGACAGCGUAGUGGUUGCUUGCCCUCUUUCUAAAAACAUCUCACUAAAUACUCAAGUGAUAUAAUAUGAAGUUUUCAAGAAAUACUCUACAUAUAAGAAGCUCAGAAUCCAAAGGGAAAAAAGAAAUAUGGAUACAAUAUCAAGAAGUAGGAAGUAUUAAGUAAAUUAAGAGAAGUAUAGAUAAAAUGGUAAGAGUUCAAAAAAGUGAAGAAGAAUUUUUGACUGAAAAUGGGGUUCAGAGAAAUCUUCAGCAAGAAGGCAACAAUUGGUGACCUAAAAAUUAAAUUUUAAAAUGUGGGAAUGGAUAAGAGAAGAUAGCAAAUCCAUGCAGAUUAAAAUGUGAGGCAAAGGUGGGGAAGAGUACUUUUCUUAAACUGAUGCACAGAAUAUCCCAAGCCUGAUCAGGAAAGGAAAUAUGUAAGAAAGCAGGUCCACAUACAAAGCAAUUUAUAAUUAGGCCUUUGAGAAAUAAAAUAAACAGUCUUGCACCAAAUAACAUCCUUCUUGGCCUUAUGUAUUUCUAAAUAGUUCAAUCCCUAAAUUCUCUAACCAGGGGUAGGGAUUCUAGAACUGACAAGCAGACUGGUUUUUACUUCCUUAGUACUCAGUUUUACCCAUAAGACAUGGUUGAUGCCACUCAAUGUUGAGUUCCGAGGGAGAGUCCAGCAGAGCUUCCGUGGAGAUCUGCUGCACUUCCCCAGGAGCUAUCUUCAGGCACAGGGAUGCUGACGCUGGUGUUGGUGUUGGAAAAUUGCAUAGUUCUCCUGGAACUAUCCUCUUUGCUAACAAUGUGAGUUUCUAUACCUUGGGUCUGGCCUCAACCAGAGGAUUUGCCAAGCAAGUCCAAGUCCAGGCGAUACCAGGCCCUCUUCUCGCGGUUGAACCAGGAUAUUUAAAAAUCCUCCUUGUUCUGAAAUUGUUCAGAGAUAGGUGAUUUCAAUCCUGCGACAAAACUUGAUGGAGGAGCAUCAGACUUGACUUGGAGGAUAGAGAGUUAGAAUAAACUGUAUGAACAUUUGUUUCUAAAAAUAGUGUUGUCCUACUUGACUGGCUGUUCUGCAUUUAGUUGAUUUGUAGAUGGCAGCCCAUCAAAGAUUUUGGACCUCAUUUCAGAAAUGGUUAUUAUUCUUGGAUUUUGUAUGACCCUUUCUUUUCACCUGUCUACCCUCCAAGCAAACUGAAUUCCUUAGCUACUUUUUCUUGACUGUCUGGAAUACUGCCAUUCAUUCUGCUGGCACACAGUGUAGACUUACAGUAGUUUAAGGGCUGCAUGUAUGUGGAAGGGAUGUAGCCCAUUUCUGUGGAGUUGUGCCUCUUCCACCACUCAUACUCUAAUGUAUCCAAAACACAGAGAUAGUCAACCUUGUAGAACUUCAAAGUAAUAAAGCUAGUGGAGUAACAGUCUUUGAUUGUGAUCACUUGCUUUGCAUUUUAAAAGAUGUGGAAUUGCACACAAGCAAAACAUUAGAAGAAAGCACUUUUACAUCAUUAAAGGUCAGAGAGAGGCCUUUGGAGUUGGCAGCUCAGAUCCGCUGAGCCGCCAUCUUGACACUCUCCAGAUGAAGCUGCGAAGGUUUCACAUUUCUUCCUCCAGUUAUUGCAGCAAUUGCUAAAGCUCCUGUCUCAAACAAUCCAAGCUUCAUUUGGGUGGCAACUUUGCAAUGUGCUGCUUCUAGUUAGGUGACUUUGGGCAAAAUGACAAUCUGUAUAAACUUCAGUGUCCUCAAACAGAAGAUGCCAAGCCUCUGCCUUCUAUAUGGUCAAGAAGGGCGAUGCUGGCCUGCAAUGUAUCCUGCACUGGUCCUUUGGCUCCUCUUAGCAGUCCAGCUGAUUGGCAUGGCUCCCCCACACAUAGCUUGGAGGGAGGCAGCAAAGGGAGAGACUGCCUGAAGCAAUGGGGCUCCCACCACAGUGGGCCUAGUUCUUUUUAUUUCCUACGGGAAAUUUUUUUUAACAUUACCACGAUUCAUUAUCACCAAACAGAACAAUCUUUGGUUACUUUACCUCAGGAGUGGGAGUAGAAGUAAGACACUGGAUGAAGAAACUGCAGUUUUGAUUCAAAAGCAUUGUUCAGGGCCUGUGCCUCCUCUCCCUGACGAAGGGCUCCUCAGCUCUCUGCCAAGUGUCACUUUCUCAUGAAAUGCAGAGUACAAUCAAAAGUGCAGCUAAUUUCAGAACUUGAGAAAUAAAUAAAUAAAAUACUUUUGAAGAGGCAUUGGGUUCCCCUUCCCCGAUUUUCGAAAACAGCAGGACUGCAACAGACCAACUGGAUUUGGGUUGAUACAGUUUUCUAGUUCAGGGCGGCAGGGGAAGUCCGGGUCUGAAUGGACCUAGUCAUUGAGCUCUGCGCAGGGCUGGCUGCAUUUCCUCGCUAACACCUGGUCUACCCUAGGGCAUUGUUUCAUCAUUUGUGAUGACAGAUCGUUUGCAAACAGCUGUCUUGAUUUCUGCCCUUUGGCACCACAGCGCCCUGUUAUGUCUUCCCUACUGUCUGCCUAAGCAAACAUCUUCGGAAAGCCCCUGGGCUGGGUUCAUCGCCCAAUGCUGCCUGAUGUCUUGUAUCUGAAAAUAUCCAUAAUCAACUGUGGGUGAAAUACAGCUCCUCCUGGAAAUUCAGAGGGAAAUUUUAGUACUUCCUUUUCAAUUCCGAGUUUCUAGAGUUAGAAGAUAGUGCAGUGAUCACCUCCAACUGUGGCAGGAAAGAAUGUUUAAAUUUCAUCAAAUGAAAUAUAUUUUUGAGACACUGGAUAAAAUGAGAUGCCUGCGAAAACGUUCUACAGUGUCUUUCUUGGGAGUUCUUGUCAUUUUCCUUCUAUUUAUGAACUUGUACAUUGAAGAUAGCUACGUGCUGGAAGGAGACAAACAAUUUGGAAGGGAAACAUCCACCCAUCAACUGAACUCAGAACGCUAUGUGCAUACUUUCAAAGAUUUAUCAAAUUUCUCAGGAGCCAUCAAUGUCACCUAUCGCUACUUAGCUGCCACACCUUUACAAAGAAAACGGUUUCUUACAAUUGGACUUUCGUCAGUAAAACGAAAAAAAGGAAACUAUUUACUUGAGACAAUCAGGUCAAUUUUUGAGCAAUCCAGCUAUGAGGAGCUGAAGGAGAUUUCAGUGGUGGUUCAUCUGGCAGAGUUUAAUUCAUCCUGGCGUGAGGUCAUGGUUCAGGAUAUUACACAGAAAUUUGCCCACCAUAUUAUUGCAGGAAGAUUAAUAGUUAUACAUGCUCCAGAGGAGUAUUACCCAAUCCUGGAUGGCCUUAAAAGAAAUUACAAUGAUCCAGAAGAUAGAGUCAGAUUUCGUUCCAAGCAAAAUGUAGACUAUGCGUUUCUGCUUAAUUUUUGUGCCAAUACUUCAGACUAUUAUGUAAUGCUUGAAGACGAUGUUCGAUGUUCAAAAAACUUCUUAACUGCCAUCAAGAAAGUCAUUACAUCUCUAGAAGGAACUUACUGGGUAACUCUUGAAUUCUCUAAGCUUGGCUACAUUGGAAAACUUUACCAUUCUCAUGACCUCCCACGUUUGGCACAUUUUUUAUUAAUGUUUUAUCAAGAAAUGCCUUGUGAUUGGCUGCUGACUCAUUUCCGGGAUCUGUUGGCUCAGAAAAAUGUGAUCCGUUUUAAACCAUCUCUCUUUCAGCACAUGGGUUAUUAUUCAUCAUAUAAAGGGGCUGAGAAUAAGCUGAAGGAUGAUGAUUUUGAAGAGGAGUCAUUUGACAUCCCUGAUAACCCUCCUGCAAGCCUAUAUACCAACAUGAAUGUUUUUGAAAGUUAUGAAGCAAGCAAGGCGUAUAGCAGUGUUGAUGAGUACUUUUGGGGGAAACCACCUUCAACAGGAGACAUCUUUGUGAUUGUAUUUGAAAAUCCAAUUGUAAUUAAAAAAAUUAAAGUGACUACUGGAACAGAAGAUCGGCAAAAUGACAUUUUACAUCAUGGAGCCCUAGAUGUUGGGGAAAAUGUCGUACGUUUCAAAAGAAUUAGACAAUGUGUUACUUAUGUAAGACUAGGGGAAUUCAAAAAUGGAAACUUUGAAAUGUCAGAUAUGAAUCAAAAAAUUCCAUUUGAUAUACACUGCGUAAGGAUUUACGUUACCAAAACACAAAAGGAAUGGCUGAUUAUUAGGAGUAUUAGCAUUUGGACUUCUUAGCUGAUUAAACCAAUGUGUCCAAUUCCUGAA